AUUGUCACGUGAUUUUUGGUAAGGGAACAUAGUAUACAUCGAUGCUCCCUGGUUUUUGCAGUCCAUUGUGGGAGUUUUUAGGGAUCGAACGUCUCAGUGCACUGGAAGGAUUUUGCGAAUGAGGCAGCCCUUAAAAUGGCUGACUCCCUGGCAGUGCCCUGAGUAGUGAACAAUGGAGCUGAUCGAGACACAGCCUGAGAUUACCAUGAACGCAAAAUGGCGGGUUGACCACGCCAUUUGGACACGACGACAACGACAACAACAAAGAGGGCAGAAAUGUUGAUGUUUCUUAUCUUUCGAACUAAAAGCUAUGAAAACGUUUGCGAAACUUCGCGCUGUUACUUACGUAUCUGUUCUUUACAUUCUUGUCGCAUAUGGAAAUAUUUGUGGCCCAAGUGAAUAUAAAUCAUCUGAAGGGGAAUGUUGUCCAAUGUGCAAUAUAGGGUCUGUAGUAUAUCGUGACUGCGCUGGGGAUUUUAGCACAACCUGCAUACCAUGCCUACACGGAAAAUUCAUGGAUAAACCCAAUGGGGUUUAUGAUUGCUCUAUAUGUAAACACUGUAGUGAACGGAACGGCCUUUACAUUCAGAGUAAAUGCACUACAAUACAAAACUCUAUCUGUGAUGUGCUUGAUGGAUAUCACUGUAUUGAUAACACCAGUUCAGAGUGUCAACAUGCACUAAAGCACAGUGAAUGCAAACCAGGGCAAGAAUCAAAAACACCAGGAACAAAGAGAUCAGAUACAGUGUGUGUGGAUUGUCCUUCUGGAUUUUAUUCUUCAACAGGUGAAAACUGCACCAGAUGGAGAGAUUGUGCUGCCAAGAAUGAGAUUAAGACUGAAGCUGGCAACUCUAUAAAAGAUGUCACUUGCACACAGCAGAACAGGGGCAGAUAUGGUGUCAUAGCAGCUGUAUCUGUAUUCAUAGCUAUUUUACCCAUAAUGUACUGCAUAAGACUACAGAUGAAAAAGUUAAAGCAGCGCAUUACAAGUCGUGUACUAAGCCUUCCCAUAGAAGAAACAGUCGAAGGCUGCCAUUCCAGUACAACACACCAUAUGCUAGAGGAAAACAAAUAGGACAAGGAAACAACAGUUAUCACAAGUACAGACCACAAACAGCCGUCAUUACUUUCAACAUGACAUUAGUGCCUUAUUAACACAGUAAUCUUUGUAAAUGACCAUUUUACCAUAUCUUUGUUAAUGUUUAAACAUUUUGUCAUACCAGCAAUCCUGUUCCCUGCUCACACAUUCCGGUCAUUUACUGGUAUUUUUGAAAAGGUCACAUUCAUUUGCUCUGUGAUUCAAUCUUCUCCUAUUGCUGUGACCUUGACGUGGUGGAGAAGCUUCAAUACCUCAAGACUUGAUUAGCUGAAGAAAGUUAUCAUUCUCCCAGUUUUAAUCACAAAGGCAAAGGAGGGGAAACAAACAACAGCAACACCAGCAGAUACAGUACUUAAAAAGCUAAGUAUUGUUUAUAGACAGAUCCUUGACAUGACAACAAAUAACCAUUAAAAAUAAUAUACUGUAAACAUUUACAUCUGUGAGGUAUUGUACUGUAGAUUAUAUUAUGUACCUUUCCUGUGGCUCAGUGGUUAGAGCAUGGCACUCGCAAUGCCAAGGUCAUGGGUUCGAGCCCAGGAGGUUGCAAAUAGUUGGAAACAAAUGGAUAAUAAGAUGCAAUGUAAGUCGCUUUGGAUAAAAGCGUCUGCCAAAUGCAUAAAUGUAAAAUGAAACUUUUUUACUCUGCUAUUGAAAAGUACUUUCUCUACUGCAUUUAAACAAGUUUAGUCAUAGCAGUUUUGCAUGUCAGUUUGUGCAGGACCUAUUUGCGAGCCUCCACUCAACAGUAGCAAUAACUCGAUGAUCAACAAGACAUUCAAUAAAAAGGAAAUAAAGAGGCAGAGACCACUUGAGUGUUACACAUGACUUGACCAAUAUUUUUUUCUCCAUGUGACAGCAACCCACGUUGAAACAGUACCAUUGUCUGUAUCACUGUUUAUACCCUGUAAUACAAUAAGCAUGAACUGUAUGUGUCUGCACAAAUAUUUGUAAAUUCUGUAAUCUUUUAUAGGAACAAAAUAUUCAUGUUAUCUACUUUUUAUUUUAAUAAUUUAGCCAAACUUUCUACAAUAGUUUAAACAAUGUUUUGUAUACUUUAGGCCCGGUUUCACUGACACGGCUUAGCUUAAGCAAGCACUAUGCCUUGAAUUAAGAUAUGUCACUUUUAUUGAAAUGUCUUUGUAGGGACGCAGAUGGGAUUUAGAAGUCUGUUUCUGACUCCUGCUUUGCCUUGAAUAAAUAAAGUCGGUUAUGCUAAUCCAUUUAUUGUCCUUUGGCAUUGCAAAUAACAAAAAUAAAAGUAAAACUUCGAUUUUCUAUUAAUAAACAUAUAUUCCAUUCAUAUAUAUAUAUAUUCCAACUCAUCAUGCACUUGGCUUAAAUAUACUUAAAAUACUCAUAUGCCCUCUAGUGUUACAAACAAAAUUACAAUUCAAUAAAAUGACUCCAACAGUCUUAGAAGAAUAAGUUACUGGUUUGCAUCUUGAGACGAAACAAUGGCACGUAUAUAUUUUAAGAUAUUUGUGGGCAAGUUAUGUUGAGUUAAGACAGGUCACACAUUCAUUUUAGUCUGGGACUAGCCUUAAGCCUUUGAAACUGGGCCAUUAUGUAUUAGGCUACUUGGGAGGAUUCUAAAUGCAUAUAAAGGUGUAGCUUCAAUUAAACAAGAUACAAACAACAUUUCUGAACAAACUUGUGUAUAUGAAACAGUCUAAAACAAUGGAAGAAUAUAAUUACAUUACAGGACGUUGUGGCAUUAGCUUUACUAUAGCUUAGCAAAUAUUUAUGCUUUUGAAAGAUAUCUGCUCUGCUCAUUGUUACAUCUUUGAA